AUGACAACAUUUAUGAGGAUUAUGAGGUAUCACAAAGGUACAAGUAACAGAGGCAUAUUGUAUAAGAAGAAUGAGCACGCAGACCUUUUGGCCUACAUUGAUAGUGAUUGGGCAGAAGAUCGAGUUGAUAGGAAAUCUACUUCUGCGUACUUCACAUUAGUUGGAGGAAAUCUUGUUACAUGGAAAAGUAAAAAACAAAAAGUAGUUGCUUCAUCAAGUGCAGAAGUAGAGUUCAAGGGAAUUGCCAAAAAAAUAACAGAGAUCACAUGGCUCAAGAAACUCCUAAGAAAAUCAAAACCUCGACAACACAGUCAGGUUUCAGGGCUUCAGGCAGACAGCAAUCCAAAUCAUAGUUUAACUGAACUGAACUUCAGAGGAGAUAAUUGGCAAUUUCAGAUUGGGUAG